GCCUCGGGGCCAGGUUCCUUCUACACCAGCCCAUGUUGGGCGUCAGCCAGGCUGGGAUGGCCCUGCAGGGUCACCCUGAGCCCCAGCCAACACCCCACUCUCAGCCACAGUGGCAGGCUCCAUCAGCUUCACCCCAACCAGAUGGCCACUCUGCUGCAAAGGACCUUGUGGGGUCCCAGGCAUGGGCAGACCCAGCCCUCAUGCCCAUCUCCCUGCAAUGGGCACCCGGUGGCAGCUCCUGCAGGAAGGAGGCCGUCCUGCCGCACCUGCAGGUGACCCGGCCUCUGCUGCCAGAGCCCGCCAUCCUUCCUGUUUGUGCUGCCAGGCUGGCAGGGUCCCUCGCCACCGACCUCAGCCGCAGCAGUCUGCUCCCUUCCUGGGUGGAUUUGCGGGAGCCUCCCCCACCUAGCUUGCUCCUCCUUGAGGACCCCGGGCAGGGUGGCUGCCAUGGGGCCCAGCUGUGCGUGGGAACCUGCGAGCUGGCAAACGGGGCUCGGGGGUUUUGCCCAGAAAUGGGUCAGAACGAAAGCCUCUCAGAGGAAAGAAAAGGGCAUGAGUCAAAGAGAAAGUUGUGGGAUGGGGGCUCCUCCUCAUCUCACCCCACCCAGGCCAUCUGACUCCCUGGGUUUGUGUGGACCCAGGCAGGCAGCCAACCCCAGCUCCGUGGUCUGUGGGCAUCGUGAUGAUCAGGACACAAGCUCUUCCCAGCAGAGCCUUCACUGUGGGCCAGCUUCCCGGUGGAUGACCACUGAAGAGGCCUCAACCCAGUGGGCCUCACUCCAGACCAAGUGCAGACCACUGGCCAGUGCCCCCUGCAGACAGCGGCACCCAGGGCAGCAGCAAGGUGAGGGGCAUCCAGCCCCAGCCCGAGGGGCGCCUCAGAGAGUGGGCUGAGCCUGGCUGUCUCCGUGAUCCCUCACCUGCUUCACCCGGUUGGCUUGAGCAAGGCAGUCCAGAUGCGUGUCUCGAGCGCCCCCUUGUGGUGUGCUGCAAAGCUACAUGGCCCCCGGCGAGAAGGGAGCCGGCCUUUCAUCCUCAAUAACAAGGUGGAACUGGGGGCUGGAAAACCCCUCUGACCUCGCUUUGGAAAGGUGGGUGGGUGCACGGAGCCUGGCAGGUGGCCAAGGGGACCCCCAAGUGGAGGGACUGGUCGAGGAGCAGCACGGGGCGGUGCAGCGGGUGAGCCCAGCACCUCCCCUCCCACUUUCGUCCCAUCG